AUGGCACAUCCAAUAGCGCCUGCUGGGACGGCGAAGCCUGAACCGGCGGAUUUCGGAGGCCCACGACUGGUGCCACGGCUCAGUAAACCAGAGAGACCGACCGGACUCGUGACGUCCAAGAAAUGGGUCGUUCCGCCGCGACCCAAGCCCGGGAGAAAGCCAGGGUCGAAGGAGGGUGCAAAGAAACGGGCGGUAGCUGCUGGUGCUGGUGGAGAAAAUGGAAGUGGUGACUCGUUUACCGCACUGCGUGAACAGCUGGAAAAGUCUCGCAAAGAAAAUGACGAACUGAGGAACCUAGUCGACGAGUUUAGGUCCACAAGUCGAAGUGGAAGUCCUGUUUCAAACGUCCCAACUGUAUCUGUAUCUAAGUCAGGCAUAGUAGAAGGCACAGUAGAACCAAGACAAGAGGAGGUUUGGGAUGGAGUACGGUUGUUGAACCAGUCGAAUGAUGCACCGCUUGAAGCGUCUUCCGAUUGUGGGUUCUGUGAUCGAGAGGGCGGGUGUGUAUGUGAGGACUUGGGUCUCAAAGCAGGAAGUUCUCGUACUCAUGUCCAUGAACAGGAUGUUAUAACUGAAAAGUUAGAAAGCCAGAGACAUAACCAUAGUCAUAAUCGUACUCACAACUACGGCCCCCAUCACGACCAUAGUGGAAAUCACGAUCACAAUGAACAUUCUGCUCAAGCACAUGUUGAUGUCCAUAAUAAUGUCCAUACUCACAGCCAGAUUAAUGGUCACGCCAGCAGAAAUGGUCUGCUGCCAGGCGAAACGGAUUUGAAUACUCUUGAGAACGGUUCUGGAUCACGGUCUUUACAGUCUGCUGUUCGGCAUACUCAUCAUCCUUCUGCAUUAGCUCAGUUUGAUCAUUUCAGCCCUGUUAAGGCAGUGCCAUUAAAACGGUCACCCAGACGAGUGGGUAAUAAUGGAACCACCAACCCUAUUGUUAAAAAAUUCAAGAGAUUGGGUGAACCUGCCCAAAUCACACUUACUACGGGGACAGAGAUCCCUGCUAACAGCAAACUUGUAUCUGAGACCAGCGAAGGUACAAGUCCUUUUGAGGUCGGGUUGUCGAAUACUGGAUUUAACGCUGUCGAAGAAGCCGAUGCUAAGACCAGUGCCCAUGCGAAUCCCUGUGGAUUCUGUUCAGAUGAAAGCCCCUGUCUUUGUGCUGAUGAACGCGAGGGCCGAACUACUACUCCUACCACUACAAGCACCACCUCUAGUUCGAAUGGUGCUAUUUCUAGUGAAUCAAGGGGUUCCUUUUCAAUGUCACCAAAAGGAACUAGACACUUCAACAAUAGUACAACUGUUUCCUCGCCAUCGUCUGUGUCGCUUCCUCCAGUCAGUUCAGUUACUAGUCGACCUCCUCCGUACCAACAGAACGUCCCAUCAUCUUCAAACCCAUCUUUAAUCACACCAACUGGGAUUUCCACUAACCCCGGAUCAUGUACUCAAUGUCUUUCUGAUCCUAUGAGCACGCUCUUUUGCACCAGUCUGUCAAAUGUGUCUGCUGGCUCGGAGGUACCACCAGAGAAGCUUGGAAUGACUGUAACUUGUAGCCAAGCGUACCAAGUGCUCUCUCGACACCAAAAAUUCCCUACCUACGAUCUGGGAGCCAUUGUCAGUACUCUCAUCAGUCAUGAUGGUAAGGUCGGCGUUCAAAGCAUCACUCAAGCUCUACGCAAGCUGGACACUUGA